UUCACGUCUAAUAAUCUCACAAAGAACCGCUUUUUCCCAAAGCACGUCAGUCAGCUGGAAACUCAGUGGCUGUCACAGAAAACCUUACAGUAAGACGCCAGAGGGCAUUGUGAAGCUGUUUUCUUUCUUUUUUUUUGGUCGCCUCUCACCGGGGGGAAGAAGAGCCUCGGUUUAUCUCACAGGCGACAACCACCAUGAGCCAGAGGUUCACCGUCUCCAAGAGCGGCGGCGACCGGCGCCCCUCUGACAUCCAGGGGGAGGUGAACCAGCUGUUUGAGGGAGACGAACCCUCAACCUGCGGUGCUGCUGAUGCUGGAGAAGCCGCUCCUUCUGGUGCCGAGGAUGUGGUGGUGGUGCUGAAAGGUGACAGUAACCCCAAAGAGAGCAGCCCCUUCAUCAACAGCAGUGAAACUGCUGCUGAAAAGAACCAGCAAUAUGAUGGGAAGAACAUGGCCUUGUUUGAGGAGGAGAUGGACACCAGUCCUAUGGUGUCAUCUCUUCUCAGUAGCCUGGCCAACUACUCCAACCUUCCCCAAGGCUGCAAGGAGCACGAGGAGGCUGAGAACAACGAGGCAGAGUCAGCGCGCAAGAAACCCGUCAAGGCCCCUCAGCUUGGCACCCUGAUGGGCGUCUACAUGCCCUGCAUCCAGAACAUUUUCGGAGUGAUCCUUUUCCUCAGGAUGACAUGGCUGGUUGGAAUCGGAGGUGUCAUCGGGACCUUCAUCAUCGUCUUCAUGUGUUGUACCACUACGAUGCUGACUGCCAUCUCGAUGAGUGCCAUCGCUACCAAUGGAGUAGUGCCAGCUGGGGGCUCCUACUACAUGAUUUCUCGUUCACUGGGCCCUGAGUUUGGUGGAGCGGUGGGGAUCUGCUUCUACCUGGGAACCACCUACGCUGGAGCCAUGUACAUCCUGGGAGCCAUUGAGCUACUCCUGAUCUACAUAGCCCCCAAAGCAGCCAUCUUCCCCCUGGAGGGCCUGGAGGGUGCCGAGGCGGAGGCCGCCCUCCUGAACAACAUGCGCGUGUAUGGGACCAUCCUGCUGACCUCCAUGGCCACUGUGGUGUUUGUUGGCGUCAAGUAUGUGAACAAGCUGGCCCUGGUGUUUCUGGCCUGCGUCAUCCUCUCCAUACUGGCCGUCUACGCCGGAGUCAUCAAGACCGGCAUUGACGCACCCGAUUUCCCCGUUUGUAUAUUGGGGAAUCGCACUUUGGUGUGGAAGAACUUUGACGUUUGUGCCAAGACCAUUGAGACCGCUAACGGGACAGUCACCACCCAGCUGUGGCGCUUGUUCUGUGACUCACCUUUCUUGAACGCUACCUGCGACAAAUAUUUUGUGGCCAACAAUGUGACUCAGAUCCAGGGAAUUCCUGGGGUUACCAGCGGAGUCCUGGCAGACAACCUGUUUGGGACCUACUAUGAGAAGGGAGAUCUGAUUGCCAAACCUAUCCUGGAGUCAGUGGAGGACCAUGAUGACCCUCUGACCAACGCUAACCGCUACGUGUUAGCUGACAUCACCAGCUUUUUCACUCUGCUGGUCGGCAUUUACUUCCCAUCAGUGACAGGAAUCAUGGCUGGAUCCAACCGCUCCGGCGAUCUGCGUGAUGCCCAGAAGUCAAUACCCAUUGGAACCAUUGCAGCCAUCACAACCACCUCCACUGUCUACAUGUCCAGUGUGAUUCUGUUUGGUGCCUGCAUUGAGGGGGUGGUCCUCAGGGACAAGUUCGGAGAGGGCGUGCAUGGGAACUUGGUCAUUGGGACGUUGGCUUGGCCGUCACCAUGGGUGAUCGUAAUUGGCUCUUUCUUUUCCACUUGCGGGGCAGGGCUCCAGAGCCUGACGGGAGCUCCCCGUCUUAUGCAGGCCAUCGCCAAGGAUGGCAUUGUGCCCGCCCUUCGGAUCUUUGGCCACGGAAAGGCUAAUGGAGAACCGACAUGGUCCCUCCUGCUGACAGCUUGUAUCUGUGAAAGCGGCAUCCUUAUUGCCUCCCUGGAUUCUGUGGCUCCCAUCCUCUCCAUGUUUUUCUUGAUGUGCUAUAUGUUUGUGAAUCUGGCCUGUGCCCUCCAGACACUCCUGCGGACUCCAAACUGGAGACCCCGCUUCAAGUUCUAUCACUGGGCUCUGUCCUUCCUUGGGAUGAGUUUGUGUCUCACUCUCAUGUUCCUCUGCUCCUGGUACUACGCCAUAGUGGCCAUGGGGAUCGCUGGCUCUAUCUACAAAUACAUUGAGUUUGCAGGUGCGGAGAAAGAAUGGGGUGAUGGGAUACGCGGCUUGUCUCUGAGCGCUGCACGAUACGCUCUCAUGCGCCUUGAGGAAGGCCAACCACACACCAAGAACUGGAGACCUCAGCUGCUGGUGCUGGUUAGCACAGAUGCAGAGCAGAAUGUGGAGCAGCCUCGUCUGCUGUCUCUCACCAACCAGCUGAAGGCUGGCAAAGGCCUCACCAUCGUCGGGACGGCUCUGGAGGGCACCUACCUGGCGAACUCCGAGCAGGCACAGCGUGCAGAUCAGGCACUGCGCAAAUUAAUGGAGACUGAGAAGGUGAAGGGUUUCUGUCAGGUGACCGUCUCCUCAAACCUCCGUGAUGCUACAUCCCAUCUGCUGCAGGCCAGUGGGCUGGGAGGCCUGAAACACAAUGCUGUGCUGGUCUCCUGGCCACGCAACUGGAAGCAAGGAGACGAGCGCCAAACCUGGAGGAACUUCAUUGAGCUGGUCAGAGAAACCACCAUUGCCCGCCUCGCUCUUCUUGUACCAAAGAACAUUUCAGCAUUCCCGUCUAACAGCGAACGCUUUACUGAGGGUCACAUCGAUGUGUGGUGGAUCGUCCAUGAUGGAGGCAUGUUGAUGCUGCUGCCCUUCCUGCUCCGCCAACAUAAGGUCUGGAGGAAGUGCAAGAUGCGCAUCUUCACUGUGGCCCAGCUGGACGACAACAGCAUCCAGAUGAAAAAGGACCUGACUACUUUCCUGUAUCAUCUCCGCAUUGAUGCUAUGGUGGAAGUUGUUGAAAUGCAUGACAGUGACAUCUCAGCCUACACGUACGAGAAGACGCUGGUGAUGGAACAACGCUCACAGAUGCUGAAACAGAUCAACCUGACCAAGACCGAGCGUGAGAGGGAGAUCCAGAGCAUCACCGAUUCCUCCCGCGGAUCUAUUCGCCGUAAGAACCCAGCCGCCGUGACCACCCAGCUGAGUGUGACUGAGGAGCCACCAGCCACCAGCAAAGAGGAGAAACCUGAAGAAGAGUCAAAGUCGGCCUCUCCCCCUGUAUCCCCCCCUGCUCAGGUCCAGCUCAUCCAUGACAACACCACCCCAGCCAGUCCCGCCACCCCAGCGACCCCACUGACCCCCGGAGAGGAGGCUCAGAGUCCCGGAGAGCAGAUCCAGAGGACCUGGACGGAGAAGUGUGACGGUGAAGCGGCCAAGCCUCUCAGAGUGAGCACACAAGAUGACAUCAAGGACAUCUUCAACAUGAAACCAGAGUGGGAGAACCUGAACCAGUCUAAUGUGCGGCGCAUGCACACAGCGCUCCGGCUGAAUGAAGUCAUCCUUAAAAAGUCCUCAGAGGCCAGACUAGUUCUUCUGAACAUGCCAGGGGCACCCAAGAACCGGACAGGUGAUGAGAACUACAUGGAAUUCCUUGAGGUUCUCACCGAUGGUCUAAACCGAGUCCUUCUGGUUCGCGGAGGCGGCCGCGAGGUCAUCACUAUUUAUUCCUGAAAGAGCAGCACCCUUGCCCCCUCUACAUUCCCCUUCCUCUGUUCCAGCUGUACUCUCACCUCUUCAUCAGCAUUGCUUCAUUAUGAGGUCCUGUUUAUUUCUGUGCUGUAGUGCUCUCACACCCAACAAAUAGCCCCGCUCAGCUUCAGCGCCUCUCCCUCUGCUCUAUCCACAGACAGAUGAAUCCAAAACCUUCCCUCUGCAAAAUCUGAAAAUGAAAGCAUUCAUACUUCCAUUUAAUCCACUCUGACUCGGUUGGGAUGAGGUGUUGGCGAGUGCGGGUUCUUCGCUGAAGUGUGAAAACCCCUGCAUGUAUAUGUCUGUUGUUGCUUUAAUCUCUAUGUUUUUAUUUAUUUUAAAUUUUUUUUGUUUUUCUGAACACAAGAGUGGGACAGACAUGGCUUCUAAUCGUCACAAGCGUUAUCUGGCUGAAAUGAGAUCAUUGUAGGAUUAGAUCUCUUGAGUUCCCUUGUGGUGAUUGGACUCUUCCGGCAGCCUUUUUCAUGACGGAUUCUGCAGCCCACCGGCUGGAGGGCGGAGGAGAGUACAGCUGUGGAAGUAUGAACUGUGAAACUCACUUAGAUCCAGGAGACUAAAAAGUGUCUCUUCUCUGCAGUCUUAUCUUUAACCUGCUCACUCUUUAGCAUGACAUUUUCAACUGCUGUGUAUGCUAUUACUCCACUUGUUCUGUUACUGUCACCACUUUCUUUCCCUCUCUAUCCCCCGAGACUUUUCUGCUCAUUUCUAAGUGGCUGUUUUAUCUUUGUGGCCACUGUUUGUGCCAAAAAAAAGUACAAGGCUAGUUUGUUGAGAUUGACACGUUAUUAAACUGUGAAUAUAGUCUCCUAGCAGAAGACUGGGGUCCCAGCAAAGUGGGGAGACAGUUACAAAGCCCCCCCCACCAGGAGGAGGAUGUUAUCGUCGCCAGCACCUCUCGAACCCUUGUGUGAUUCACUGUAAAUAAUGUACAAGCUCUGAUGCGUUGUUCAGUAUGAGUGUAGUAUUUUUGUGACCAACUGAAAAGCUUCUAAGUGGAGAGAAAAAGGCUCCUUUGCUCAGAAAGUACACUGAAAAAUGCUGUUUUUAAAAAAAUUAUUUAUUUAUUUUAAUGUAUCUAUUUAUUGGCUCCCAUUACUAUGGUAAAUGUCAUUGCUAGGAAAAGCACCUGCACUCUUCACCACUGUGCGACAAGUGAGAUGUUGAUGCUUUCAAAGAAAAAACUAAUCACUAAAUGUUAUUUUUUCAUCUAGAGAAAUAUUUAUGUCACUUUGAUUGUCCGAGAUAAAUCAUCUGUUUUGACAAAUUCUACAUUAAUGUGCCAAAUCAAAGUAUUUUUCAGAGAAUAGUGAAGAAAACUAUAUCAAAUUCCACUAUAUGAGACAAAGUGUUGUAAAAAAAAGUGAAAACAGUAAAGAUACUCUAGUUUGAAAGUGUCCCUGUAGAUAAAUAAAGACUGAAUGUUCAGUCAGUUAAAAAAGAAAAAAAAAAACAGCUGCUCAAAUUAAGCUGGAAAUGCUGAACAUCUGUUGGUUAUUUAUUUAUAGGGUUUUAUAAAGAGACUAAGAAUGGAGGACAAUGGUUUCUGUAGCUCCGAAACUCGCUUUGCCCACAAGAAGGAACUCUAUGCAGUAGAUUCUCCAGUCAGAUUUUAUAUCCCUGAGAUUGGUGAAGAUCUGAGCCACAUGUUUCCACAUCUGAACGACUCGAGAGCAAAUUUGAAAAACAAAAGUGCAUCUUGGAAGGAAUGUGCAAUAGUUGCAAAUCUGGACUCACGUGAUCAUGUUAUUUAUUUUUUUACACAUAAUAUUUUGUAUAUAAAGAUUUCGUAAGUCUCGUACAAUCCAGAAUCAUCUCACUCUGACCAAGGACUUCUGUCACUUUACUUUUAUUAUUCCUGUUUCUUUUCUUUAAAGAAACUAUUUUUAGUCAUUUGCACUUGUAGUAGAAGUAUAAAUAUAAAUUCGUAUAUAUACAUAGUAUAUAUAAAUAUAUAUAAAUAUAUAUAUAGUAUAGGGAACCAAAACAAAUUAGUUUAUAGAACUAUUUAAAAGUGUUAUUUAACGUUUUUAGUGUUGCUUGAAUGUCUGAUCAUAUGUUGUGAAUGCUGCUAGUAUCUAUAGAUUUAUUUGUACUGUAAAUAGAGAUGAAUCAACUCUAAAGACGUGAAAAAGGGUAUAGACAUACAUAUCAGUGCUGCUGGUGGUUAUCUAACAACACGAGGCUGUACCUGUACACGUUUGGCCUGUGACCUCUGGACAGGGUUCUGUUUUAAUAGAAAUACUACAAUGAAUAACUUGAUGCAAUAUUCCAUAAGUGAGAGUAAGCCAUUUCCCUGACUUUCUCACUGAUCUAUUUAUGAUAAUUAUAUUUUAUCCCUCAGACAAGUGAGGCAACUUAAAGGUAAAAGAACUGGAGUUUUAAUGUUUAAAUUUAAGGAUUUGUGAUGUAUUUGAUAAAUUUUAAACUUUUGACACCUGCUAUAUUAUUUAAAAAAAAAAAAAAAAAGACAAACCACUCCUCUUCUAGUGUUUAAAGAUUGAGUGCCAAGUCAUGAGGAUUUUCCUUUUACAUGCCCGUCACGGACAAAUAGGGAGUUGCUCGCAGUUUUUCAGUUAUUUUAGGACCGUCUACAGCGUCGCCUGCAUCAUCUGAGCCUUUUAAAUUUAUUUAAAAGAUAUUUGAAGUUUAUUGGAGAGGUUUACUGGACAUUUAUUUAUGGAAUUCUAAAUGUUUUAUAACUGCUGUUUGCAUGGUACUAUGUGGCAAUAUUUGUUUCAGUGGUUUUCUAUAGUGAUUAACUUACAUGUUCAAGGUGAAGCGUUCGGAGUGAAAGUGGCCUGGUAUUCUCAACACGUUAUACGAUUUUUGAGAACACAGUUUGGUCAAACCUUGAAAAAAAAUUGUUCAAAGGGAAAAAAAAGGAUGAAAAAAUAUGGGUUCACUUUACUUGUUAUAUUUCAAUCUCUCUCAAGUAGUUUUACAUAACAUAAUAGGAGAUUAUGUUUGCGAAUCGACGGGCCUUAAAAAGGGUCAUUUCACUUUUGUAAAUAUAUUUCACAUAAAUCUGAAACACUGUAACAUACUAGUGUUGUCUUAUCGUACACUGUUCUAUCACUGUGGACAAAGUCUGAGUUUUGUAAGAUCAUGUGGAAUAUUGUUUUUGCUUUUGUUUCCUUUCAGAUUUUACUUGUUUGCUUGCUUUACAUCAGCACCGGCACUGUCAUAAUUCCAGUUUUAUCAGCAGGACUUUUGGGUUUUAAACCUGAAUGUGGCUGAGACACCAGAUCAGUUAACUCUUAGGGAGCCCUCUAUGUCUGCAGCACUGGAGAGCUCUAUGAGAACGUGCUCUGACUAUUAUCUGACUAUUUCAGAGUGACCUCUGGUGGCAAGAGAGUGCACUACAGGCUGAUAUUAUUUACCCCCAUCCAGACUAAGUUUAGCAUUUUAUUGGACGUUUUAGCAUGCUCAUAUAUUUUUCUUUAAUUCAGACAGUUCAUUUUAAAGAAAAUAGUAGCCGUUAAAUUUAUUGUGCUUGUCGCUCAAUCUGUGAGGUGAGCCCUCCCAGAAUCCCCCUCCCUGUUCAUUACAACACCCCUGAUAUCCACCAUCCCAGCCACAAAAAUCCACCCCAGCAUUGUAUUUUAAAUGUGACUGCAGUAUAAUUCUGAAAACUUAUCAAAGAAUAUAAAACUUGCGCUUCCAAUACUGGUACUGGCUCUGCUUGGACUUUGUUGACUAAAAAAAACCAGCAUGUAAUUACUCCCCCCCACUUUACCAGUCCACUACUUUACAUCAUAUUCGUCACCUGUACAACUGUAGCAUGAAGAAAAAAAAAAAAAACUAACACCUGCGGGUGAUCACUACCCAGUCUCCAUUCUUCAAUGGAUAUUAAGGGCUCUGAAACACAUCUGUUGCCAGGUGGAAGAGGAGGACGUCCUGUUAGGGACUAUCAAAGAGGAAAAAAAAAAAAAAAGUCCCAGAACAUUGCAGAGAAGGGACAUGGCUAAUACUCGCACCCUUCUGUGGAUCACAGCAGCAUCAAACAAACAUGUCUGAUCCAAAAAAAGGAUCAUAACUAUCUUUUGCGUUAUACUUAAUCUCAUCUAGUCAGAUGAGGAUAAACUCAAGCUUCUGUCCAAGCAGAGCCACCUUCCAGUUAUGUUGUGUUACUCAGUGCAUGCAUGCAACUACCCUGAACAAAGUGUGCUGAAAAUAUAUUGGAUGUUUGUGAUAUACAAGUAUUCUGUUUGUAUCAGUCAGAAACUUUGAUUUCUAGUAUAUUUUUUUCUUUCAUUAGGACUGGCCUAUUGUUGUAUCCAAGAUGGAUAUUAUUAUAAUCUAUUUUUUAAAUGGUAGAUCUAUCCACAAGGCUCUCUUGUUGUCAGUUAUUAAAAAGUAAAACAACUGCUAAAGUUUCUCUGUUAAGUAUGAAAAUGUGUUUUCCAGUGAAAUGGAUAGACAAGGAAGAAUUGUGUUUUCCAGGCUGGAAAAUGUGCAGUAACUGUUAUUUAAUAACACUUUAAAAUGUGCAAAUAUGUGAGGUAAAUUUUAAUACAAGCUUCUUGACAGGUGGCUCGUCUGCUGCCUGACCAAAAUCAAACUUAAUUGCAGUUCAGAUACAAGAUCUCCAAAUUUAUGUAACAUUUUGGGAAAUGUGCUUUGUUAUAAGUGGCACAGAAAAAUGGAAACGGGAACAGGAGUCUGAGCAUAGGCAGAUCUAAAAUGUUUUAAGGCUGCGUUCCAGUUAUCUGGGAAGUAGGAACUUGUAGCUGGAUUUGAUGUCAGACCCAAGGUAAAUUCUGAUUCUAGUUAAAUCGGAAUUUCAACAUGGCAACACCCAUAGACAUUGAGUACAAUAGCUCUUACAAACAUGAUUUUAAGCUUUAAGCACUUUUAAUUUGUUCAGUUUAGAGUUGCAGGCACCAAAUGUAACAUUUUAGACACAUUGUUAAAUGCAUGUCUUACCAUGUUUCUACCACAUCUUAGUACUGUUUAUGCGAGGUUCGCCUCACAAUUUGUAACUAGGGAUAGUUGGAGUAGUUCCUAGAUUCCCAGUGGAAAAUCUGACUUCAGACAGCAUUCCAGUUGAUUUUUCUGACUGGGAAGUCGAAAUUUCCCAGUUAUGAGUAAAGCUGGAAUGCAGCAUAAGCUUUUAAUACAGGCACUUUUAGUACAGUUGGGUUGCGCAUAUGUUCUUAGAACAUAUGUGCAACUUUCCCAACUUCCAUUAUCUAUGCCGGCCCUCCUAGACUGAUCAGAAUUAAAUUACCAUGACAUGCACAUUUCCCAAAACAUUCAGACUUUUAGUAUCUGAAAGUUUUAAGAAUUUUAUUUGAUUCUUUGAUUCUCCCCAAGAGGAACCUUGUCACUAUACAGACUUCACAAUAUUUUGUAUGGAUACUUGGAAAACAAAAAAUGGAUGUGAAUUUGUUUUCAAUUGGCAUACACACAAAACCUGUUUAGUUUCACAGAUAGAAAAUUUGAAUUGUUCAUGACUUUUCCUCAACACCCUCCCCAGUCUAAUGGUAACGCUGUAGUGUGUUCCUUUCAGUUCUGUGGGGGUGUGUAUGUGUGUAGGCGUGCACUUGUAACUGCUGGGGGCGGGGGUGGUUAAUGGGCAUGGGUGGGAAGGGACUACAUGUAAAUAAAACCAGAUAGUGUUGAGGUGUUUAUUUUCUGUGUCAGUGUAAGUUAAAUAUUCUAAACUAAAAAAAAUUAUGUAUUAUUCUCUAUUGUGACUCAUGGUACAUUAAAAAGAAAAAGAAAAAAAAAGAGGAAAAAGCUGUUUUAUCCAUAUUUCAAAUGCUUAUCUCUCUAGCUUCUGGCGAUACCUGUUCCAUUUUAUAGAUUUGUCAGCACAAAAUGCAAUAAACCAAUAUCAUUUUACUACA